UCUCCUGCAACUUUUCCAGGGCGGGGUCGCGCGCUAUCGGGCUGUGGAGACACAUACACACACUCACAGUGCGUCAGUCGCGAAGUGAACUCGAGCUUGCAACGGUGUAACGGUAGCGCCGCGAGGAGACGAAUUUAAAAUAAACCAAAGAUGUUAACUUUUUCCGUUCUCGUGGUCGUGCUGUCGGUUUUAACCGCAUCAUCGACGCGCGUUACGCGCAGCUGUGGAGAAUGCGACGCGGAUAAGUGCGCGCCUCUGCCCGCUGACGGCUGUGCCGCCGGUACCGUGAUGGACUCGUGCGGCUGCUGCUCUGUCUGCGCCGCGGGCCCGGGAGACGCGUGCGGGGGACGCGGAUCAUCCGCCAAGCGCUGCGCUCCGGGUCUCGAGUGCGUAAAGGGAGACGCGGACAAGAAGAGCAAAUUGGGCACGUGCGUGUGCAAGAGCAACUACCCGGUAUGCGGUACCGACGGCGUCAACUACGCGACCGGCUGUGACCUCCGCGCCGCGAGCCAGAAGGCGGUGAAGGACGGGAAGAGCGAGAUCACCGUGCAGAGCAAGGGCAAGUGCGCGCAGGCUCCCGUGAUCGUGACGGCUCCAGGUGAGGUGUGGAAUGUGACCGGCUCUCAGGUGUACCUGAGCUGUGAGGCCAUCGGCGUCCCCACACCUGUGGUCACCUGGAAGAAGAUUGUGCCCGGUAAGGGCAGGACCGAGCUGUUGCCUGGCGACCGUGACAACCUGGCUAUCCAGACCCGCGGGGGUCCUGAGAAACACGAGGUCACCGGAUGGGUUCUGAUCUCGCCCCUGACUAAGGAGGAGGCCGGUGUGUAUGAGUGCCAUGCCAAUAACCUGCGUGGAGAGGCCUUCGCUGCCGGAACCAUCCACGUGGUCGACUCAGAGGACGACAUCCCCGCAGCCCCCAAAGUGACCAAAGACGACGAGCUGUGAUGAGGCCCUCAUCUGGAGUCCCCAUCAGAUGUGCACACACACACACACACACACACACACACACACACACACACACGUGUGCCACAUCAUGUGACACACCACUUCAUUCAUUCAAAUGCACCAAAGUAUAGCCACCUUUUGAUCUCAAUCAGCAUGCACACACACACACACACACACACUUAUCUCUGGACCCCUAGCUUUUCAGAGGAACUUCAAACGUUGAAGUUAGAUGUGUUUGUGGAUUGUUUCUGAUAUCAACUGUUUUUCAUUCCUGUCCGUGUGUUCCACGCUCGCUCAAGCGCCUGAUGGAUUUAGUUUGAACAUAAGAGUGUUUGUGAAGAAAUACUGUGUAUGUAUAAGCUCCUCCCUCUUAGCUUACCCUGCACACACACACACACUUCCACAGUCCACACCACACACACCAACAGCUAGCUAGCAAGCAAGGGCACCACAAAGCCAAACACACAUACUGUAAUCCCCCACUGUGUGUGUGUGUGUGUGUGUGUGUGCACGGUGGUGCGUGCAUGGUGUAUAAAGCUAGGUCACUUUAAGAGGAUUUCUGUGGAAUGUUGUUCGUUCGUUGGGUGCUAUUUCUUCAGUAUGCGUGCAGAGGUUCCCUCCCGUCAAGUGGGGGCAGUAUACUCUGUUAUGGAUGACAGAGGUAGUAUAGUCUAGUAUAGUAGAGUAUAGUAGUGUUUAUUAGGAUGUAGUAUGUGAGGGUAGUAUGGGAGUAUGGGAGUAUGGUAGUGUGGAGGCUGUAGACUUCUUCCUGUUUACACUUGCUGGCCUGUUUGUAUUCACACCGUGUACCACUAAUAAAUAAAUAAAUAAAAACUUAUUGUGUA